CAAAGGCACGCGCAGAGGGUGGGGCGCAGAGCGGAGUACUACUGCCUUGUCAGGGCGGGAAGGCGACCUUUUGGGACAAGAUGGCCCGGUAUAGGAACAAGGUUUCGUGCCCUGCUCAAUGUGACCCCAAGCUCCAGUCAACAGGUGACACCAGCUGGGAUUCCUAUGCUACCACGAUGAAGACAGCAUUCACACCUAAAAGAGGGAUGGUGCCCGAUUUAAUACGCCCAAAGAGCACCAGAAGACUAGGAUUUACUUAUUCGAUUGGCGAUCCUAUUCUGAAUGAGUCCCAGUACCACGAUGAGUAUACCUGGAAAUUACGUUCUAAAGAAAAUAUGGUAAAAACCGGGACUUCAAGAGGAGUAUGGAACCACAAAACUCACCCUGGUCAAGAAUUCUUUCAGUGGACACACCCUAAAGGAAAACAAACCCAAAAGCUCCCUUGGAUAGAGCCUCCUUCCGAGGAAAGCAUACAGAACGCAGUAGCCAGCCAGUUCAUCUCCUGUACCAAGAGGGACUUCGUAGACCUGACUCAAUCUAAGAAGACCAUGAAAAGAUUUCCAAGGUCCCAGGACAGGAAAUCACUCCUUCCCCGGCCUCUGGACACUGAAUUUCGAUAUAAUUACCAAAUUCCAGCUCAAAUUCCUGAAUUGAAGGACUUUAGUUUCAAAUAUGGGUGCUACGCAAGCCUGCCUGUUGCCUCCCAGGGUCUAGUGCCCUCUGUGCUGUCUAGCUAUAUUCGGAACGAGGAACGCACAAAGAAGCAGACCACGUACGAGUGCGACUACGGGAAAGCCUGCCUGGACUUCUUGACAAUCUUAGACUCAUUCACGCCCUCCCAAGUCCACGACUACCUGCAAAGUGUUUCCUACAAAGAUGCCUCGGGGCCAGGCUGUCUCUUCAGGAAGAACCAAGAGGCUGCCAGAAGCCUGCUACUUGAAAGUUCCUGAAGAUGCAGCAGAAGCCAGAGACCCACCAGCAGAGCCAGGCUGCCUGCCUGUUCUCUUCACCAGUUUUGGUACAAAAUGUGUAAAAUCACCCUCUGCGUUUGCAAGGGCUCAUUGGACCUUUAGGAGCCGAGUCCCUUGGCCCCACAGAAGGAGUCAUUUUGCUUCCUGCAGAAGCAGCUGACAUCUUCCCAGGGACCAAAGAUUGGUCAUACCAGAUGCAGCCAUCACACUAGACACAGUCUGGUUUCCUACGCUCUGUACGUGAGCAAUCUUGGCCUUGAUCCCCAAGACUAAAAGCCAGAGACUCCUCUGCUAACUGCUGUUAACUUGACACCUGUUCUCGCCAGGGAAGAUGAACUCUCUAGUCAGUGAGAUUUAUCUAGCCAGUCUGGAUCACUUCUUCCAGAUGCCCCAGCAAACCAACAGUUUCUUCUUGGUGCCCCAGGGAUGCACUGGAGGGCAGGUACCAGAAGGCACAUGACCCAGAGCUUUUCUGGACUACGGAAGAAGCCACUCUGUCCUCCCUGCUUUGAUGCCCUCAUCCAUGAGUUCAGCUGUGGGGGAGGGGGCAACUGGCAAGCAGGAGGUUCCCUUAAAGCUUUUAAGCAGCCAA